AUGGAACAAAAUAAGGCCCUUCGUGCACUAUUAGUAAAAGUAAAUGAUCACUUAUCCGAUUACGAUCGUCGGCGACUACAUUUUUUAUUAACUGAUAUUAUUCCACGUCGUUUACGUGAUGAUCCAACAAUUGGAGGUACAUUAGACUUAUUAGAAUCUUUGUUCGACCGUGCUAUGAUAUCCGGACAAGAUUUUAAUUAUUUAAUUACUGCUUUUAAAGAAAUUGAAUGUUAUGAUGCUGAACAACGAUUGAGAGAACAUCAACAAUUGCUACAACAAUCACAAACAUUAAUACCAUCAACAUCGUCCAUUAUGGAAGAGUUAUGUAAAGAUAAUACAACAGAUAAAUUAUGCACAAAUUCAAAAAAAGCAAAUGAGAAAUGGAAACUUUUUACGCCUGUAGGCAUGUAG